ACAAAUUCAUUAUAAAUAAAAUUUUCUGUAAAACAAGAUCAACAAGAUUUAUAUUUUCGGGAAUAAAAUUUGUAUUAAAUAAAAAAUAAGUAUUUAAUUCAGAUAUUAAAAAAAAUUCAUAAAAUUAAAAAAAAAUGGAAGCAAACGAGGUAAAUUCCCCGGAUGUAGUCUCGGAAGAAGAUCUUAUUCCAAUGGAACAAGAAGAGAUCGUUGCAGAAGAGAUGUUCGAAGAUGCAGAAGAAGAAGAUGAUGAAAAGAGCGAUUCAUUUACUGGCAUGAGUGCAGCUGAUAAAAAGAAACACCAAGUUGAAUACCUUCAAUUACUAAAAGAAAUCGAAGGACAAAAUCAAAUUGUAGAACAGCUUAAAGAUCAACUAUUCACAGCUUGCGAUAAUCCUUGCUUAACAAAAUGCCAACUAAGAGAGAUUAAAAAACUACGAUCUUGUAUGGAAAAUGAGAACUUAAAAUUACAAUGCAUGGUUCAGAGAGCCAUCAAAAUGCAAAAUGAAAUUCCGAGUCGAUGUUGGGAUGAAGUUCCAAUUGUCACUACAAUUGAAGACGAUGUAUUUCCAAGUAUUGGCAAUUAUGAUGUUCUGACAUCAUUGGGCUUAAGACCAAAAGAAAUAAAAAAUGAUCAGCAUACUUGCAUUAAAAAGUCCAAAAACAAGAAGAAGAAACCAUGUGGUGGUAUACAAAAAGAUGAUUUGGACUCUGACGCAUGUAAAUUCUUUGAAGAAAUGGCCAUAAAAGACCGAUUGAUAAAACGACUUACAAAUAAAUUGAAAACCAUUCAAAGGGAAAUUAAUUGUCGUUCAAAGCCAAGUAGAAAACAAAAUCUACACCAAGACGACGAUACCAUGGAAUACAUGAGAAACACAGUAGACAUUCUCAAAGAAGAUCUAAAAUGCUUGCGACGAGAAAAAGAAGCCACUGAACCAAAAGCGAAGCAGAAAAAACCAAAUGAACUCCAGAAGUUGAAAGAAAACUAUGCCCAACUGUUGCUAUGCGUUGCAAAGAAAGAUGCUCAAAUAAAAGAAAUGUCUGGCCGAAUAAAAGGCUACUGUGGAGGAGAUUCAAAUGAAAAAAGUAGUGACGUCGACAAAACUGAACUCAAAUUAUUGCGUGAAAAAUUUGAAGACAUGAAAGACGAGCAAGAAGAGUACAAAUGUAUCAUAAAAGAGCAAUCAGAGCAACUCGAUGAAUAUCGUCGGAAAUACAUGGAUUCCCAACAAAAAGUCGAAGAACAAAAGAGUACACUUGUAAAAAUUGAUAUGAAUAACAAACGUAUCGAAGGACAAAUCGAAGCUGAAGUAAAACGAAUCAAGUCCAAAUUUAAAGAACAACUCAGUGAAUUAUCUCAGUAUCCGAAACUUUUGGAAAACGAACAAAUUAAAUAUGCAACCAUAUGUAAGGAGCGUGAUGAGCUAGAAGGACAACUCAGACUUGUGUGCAAAGAAUUAAAGUCUCUCAAGGAUAGUGCAGCAUCCAAGGUAGAGAAGCCAGACUGUAGCCUAAAACUUGCUAGUUGUGAAAAAGAAAUGAUACUCUUGCAAAACCAAAUUGAGGAACUACUCAAAGAAAAGGACAUUGUCUCUGAGGAAAUGCUCAAAGCCAAGGUUGACUUGGACACCUUGAGAGGAGAGUCGGCCAAAAUAAUCACCAACACCAAGGAAAGAUUUGAAAUGACAAAAAAUUCAAUGAACUCUCGAAUUGACACACUCGAAAAGGAACUUGCCCAAUGCAGAGCAAAUGCUUGUCUCUCCAUAACCGACCGAGAAGCUGUUAUAAAAGAAAUGCAAAGCCAACUCAGCACUCUGUCGUAUAGUUUCGAUUCGGCUCAAAAACAAAUUAAAACACUCAAAAAUCAUAUAAGUUAUUUGUCCAAUGAUCAAUGUAUUCCAAUAAAAUGUUGAAGUACAUAA